AUGUCAAGCGCAAGUUUUUGGUGCAGCGUUUGUGUUUUCAGCGUGAUCCUGGCUCUUGCUACAGCAGCACCUCCAGAUAGAACUAAAGGUAAAUUUAGUUAACGAAAGUUUUUCUCAUCCGCUUUUAACACGAAACCCAACAAAAUGACCAAGCAAUUCAUAAGCUUUUUUUUCUGACUUGAGGCUUACACCCAGAAAGGUUCAGUCAUUACAAUGGCACCUGUCAAUUUUUUAGGCUGGCCGUAUUUCCUUAAAGCGCUUUCAAUUUGUUAGAACGGGCCACACCGGCCUCCUAGAGUUGUCAGGAGAAUUCCACAAUAAACACCACUAUCCAUCCAGAUAAUUCUAUUUAUAAAUGGUAUGCUCGGCAGUGACGGGUUAUAGGGAAAGUGUUGAGAAAAAGGUAAUAUUUUAUUUUCAAAAUGAGCGGUCCGAUCAGUCAGUGACUUUUGCAAAAGCGCCCUUCGAUCUCCUUUUGGGUUUUUCGGCGUCUUCCUCCGCCCCCUAACUAUAAUUGCACGGUUCCCUGCUGAAAUAUCUACAAUAAAUGUUAAUUAGCACUAAAAUCGAAUUUUGUCUGCGGAUACAAAUAAUAACACAGUCUUCUUGUUUUUAACUGAAUUUAAAAAAUAAGUUAAAAUGCUAUAAGCUUUAAGAGUCCAGGUGACUAGGCGCGGCAGAACUCGAAAAGGCAAGGAAAAAUAAUGAACAAUUUGUCGGGCAAGUUUUUCUUCAGUUUAAUAAGCAAAUAAAAGCCUGAUUCUUCUUGAGGAAGGAUGGAAAAUUCUCUUUUUUCUCAAUCCUGAAAUUAAUUUAGGAAGAUUUAGAGUGAAUACGUGCUAUUAACAUUCAUCCAUAAGAACUGGCAACUGCUCGGUAAGCUAAAUGCAACUACCAAGGAUAACAAAAUCGACAGAAGUGCUAAUUCCCUUCCCUCUUUCAAUAUAACCAAGCACGUCGCACUUGUAGCGUUUUAAACUGGCAGAAAAUAAAACCAAUUAAUUUAUAGCGGUUAUUAAAUAUAUUUCUUCGAAAUUUGUUUCGUUUGGGUUGUUAAUAAUGUUUGCGUCGACUUUAGGUGUGUCACUGUGUGUCUUUAUUGAACGCACUCUUAUAAUUAAAAAGUAAAAAAGUUCUUUCUAGGAAAAUCUUUAAACGAUAAAAGGCCAUAUAUUAAGGUCUUCUGAAAGGUCGUAAAAACGCAAAAGUCAUAUGUUGAAAAAUUGCCCAUUUAAAACGUACGUGGGUUUAUUGACUUUUAAGUUCUUAUGGCAGAAGUAGAAGAACCUAUCAGCGGUGUACGAAAUGAAUCAGUAAUAAAUUGGCAUAUAUGGCUUCGUGAUUAACCUCGUUGAAAUUUGCUCAUUUCUAAGGAGACAAAUCUUUAAGUUCAGCUUAUCUAAUGGAUAAGAACUCGAUAUUUUAAAACUUUUCUUUUCCUUUAUUGUCUUUAAUAUUAAUCUUGUUACUAGGAAAUCCCCACCCGUUCUAUGAAACCCCAUAUCCACAAGAGGAAAUGGGUGAGAAGGAGGGAUUUGGAUCACCGAUCCUGAAGCGAAAUCCAGCCCCACCUGAAGACUGUACCGCUUGUUGUCAAGACUUGUGGUAAGUCACUGAGACUCGCGGCUUCUUCGGAACCGUCGCUCGCCGAAAGUCGCGGCAAUCAUCCGGACCUGGAAAGCUAUUUUAUUUGCCCUAAUUCGCUUAAGAUCAACUUUAAAACUGUGUUAAGAUUAACAUCAUAAAACAAUCAGUUACAAAUUUGUUUGUUAGGAUUUGGGUCUCUAAAACUAUCUGAGUCAGUAAUAGGAAACUCAAGAAAGGCAACCUGCAUUAGAAAACUACGUUGUGCCUCAUUAUAUUUAAUGUGGUUGGCAUAUUCACUUGACCUUUUCAUAACAUAACAUUUCGAUAGAACGUCGGUUGCUUUUGUAAAAUUAGUAUUUUCAAUUAUUUUUAAUUUUAUAACAUUGAAUGCCAAAUGCUACAUGCGGUUUCUUAAACCUUAACACUAUAAGACACAUCUCAAGUUGCUUGGUUUUCGCUUUUUACUUUGUGCAUGUUGAUGCAAAAAAUAAAAUUAUGCUCACCAUCUUAGCGUAUUUUCAAAUAAAUAGUUUUCAUAAAUGUUUUAACUUUAAUAUUAUCAUAAUUUUUUAUUAUCUUCAGGUGUUCGUACAUCAAUACAAGAUGUCUUUGUUCUCCUCAAUGGAACAUUGGUCCGUGAUUAUUCAUGAUUAUUGGUAUUUUUGUAACGACAUGGAACUUGAAGACUUCUUUAACGUACGCCUGUUUUUUCAUUCAAGAAACCACAGAAGUUAUAGUUAUAUCAUUUCAAAUAAGUAAUCAGUUGCAACCAACUUUAUCAGCAGCAGGCUUAAAGCCAGAAUACUUCGAUAUAAAACGUGGUUAAGCCUAACCUUAUCAAUUUAGGUGAAAAAAGAAAAUGAAAUUUAAAACGCUAUUGUUUGUGAGCAAAGACUCCUAAUUAAAAAUAUACUGCAUCUCGGAG